AUGUAUGACACACCAGUAUACAUCCACGGUCAAAGAGUACAAGAAGAACCAAUCAAAUCUGAUGACCCACUGAUAAGCAUUGUCGGAAUUGGCGGUGUAACUAGAAGCGGUAGGAUCUUUGCACCAACGCCACCUCCGAUCGAGAAUGGUGGUCCAUCAGCCCAUGAUAAGGAAACCCAUAGAGAUGCUCUUGUGAAGUUUCUAAAGGCUGCCCAUGUACCCCAAGAAAUCUCGGUCUGCCAGUUUGAAGGCAUAGUUAACAAUAUAGCUACUAGCUUAAGCUUGGGAUUUAAUGACAUGGAGCUCCCUACUGAGGGAAGAAACCACAACAAGUCUUUCCACAUCUCCAUUGAAUGUGUGGACACAAUUUUAUCCAGAGUUUUGGUGGACACUAGUUCCUCCCUUAAUGUGAUGCCUAAAAGCUCAUUAGCUAAGCUGACUAUUGAAGGACUUGUCAUGAAACCAAGCGAACUAGUGGUGCGAGCGUUUCGUGGUUCGAGGAGAAUUGUGAUUGGUGAAGUCCUACAGUUGUCUACUUGGGAGGUCGUGGAUUCAUUCAUCUGGUGUUGUUACCUCGACACUCCACCAACGGAAAACAUUUAUAGUGAACAACAAGCUGGUGGUUGUAGAAGGGGAAGAAUAUUUUUUGGUUUUAUUGUCACUCACCGUGGCAUUGAGGUAGAUCCUGACAAAGUGAAGGCCAUACAAGUUAUGCCUCCACCCAAAACUGAAAAGGAAGUCCGAGGAUUCCUAAGUAGAUUGAACUACUUUGCUAGGUUCAUAUCUCACCUUACGGCCAUUUGUGAGCCAAUCUUCAAACUUCUCCGAAAGGAUAAAGUUGUCAUUUGGAAUGACGAUGGCCAAAGAGCUUUUGGAAAGAUCAAGGAGUACUUGCAAGAACCUCCUUUUUUGAUGCCUCCGGUACCCGGAAAACCAUUUAUCAUGUAUCUUACUGUCCUCGAGGGAUCCAUGGGAUGCGUCCUUGGCCAGCAUGAUGAAACUGGUAGGAAAGAGCACGUAAUAUACUACUUAGGCAAGAAGUUCACCGAUUACGAAAAUAGAUACUCAAUGCUUGAGAAGAAAUGUUGCACACUAGCAUGGACUGCCAAAUUCUUAAGAUAG